CAGUUGUGUGCGGGGGGUCGCAAGCUACGCCCGUCGAGUGCCUUACUAUACCUCAAUUUCGACACGCCAACAAUAUUUUUCAUUGUAAAACAAAUAAAUAAUACUGACACACUAAUUGUAGUUACUAAACAAACUUACCUGUGAGUUGCUCGAGCUAAUUUCUAUAAAAUAAACUCGUAAAAACUGGUUCAAACUAUAGGAAGUUUAUAACAGUUAUAUAAAAGUUGGUUUUCUUUUACAAGUUUUAAAUAAGGUAGACACUGAGUUUUUUUGUGUGAUUUCUGUAAAAGUUCUUUACUUUAUUGUUGUUUUCAAGUGGUUUUUUGACGUGAAAUCAACGACAAUUGAUACAGGAUGUCAACCCUGUUAUUCUGGCAGGGUAAGGGCAAACAAAAUGGUGCCCCCAAUGGCAGGACUUGGAUACACGCGCCCGACGCCCUUGUCAAAGGUCACGUGGCAUACCUUGUUAAGUUUCUCGGCUGCACACAAGUAGACCAGCCGAAAGGCAUCGAAGUAGUGAAGGACGCGAUAAAGAAGCUUCAGUUCACACAACAGCUGAAGAAAUCCGAAGCUAAGGAUGGCGCCAAGUGUAAAAAGGUCGAAAUUACCAUCUCUGUCGAUGGAGUUGCUAUACAGGAACCGCGAUCAAACAACAUAAUGUACCAAUUCCCUCUGCACCGGAUAUCCUACUGCGCUGACGACAAGGGUGCCAAGAAAUACUUCUCCUUCAUAGCGAAAGGUGGCAGCACAGUCAACGCCGUCAAUGGCCACGACGGACCAAUGGAGAAACACGAGUGUUUCGUGUUUAUAUCUACUAAAUUGGCGUCGGAGAUCACGCUUACUAUUGGCCAGGCGUUUGAUUUGGCCUACAGACGGUUCUUGAACGACAACGGCAAAUACAUAGAGAUGCAGAAGAUGCAGCUACAAAACAAGAAGCUAGAACUACAGAUGAACGCAUACAAAAAUCGCUUACAGGAGUUAUCAAAGAUCACAUACAAGGACGACCUCUCGUCGUACCUGUCGCGCAACAAGUUGUCGGACAUCACGGAGUUCAAGCCUCCCCCCGAGCUGGAGAAGCAGAUCGCGUCGCUGACUCUCGCCAACGGGUUCGCUAACAGCAAUGGCAGUAACAACAAUAAUAAUACUGAGACUGGCACAGACGCGUUGUCAAACAACUCGACAGACACGUUCAACUCGAGCAACGACAACAAUCUGCUGCUGUCCACGCCGCCGCCGCAACAUAACGGCAAACAUAGCUUUGGCACUGGCAAACUCCUGGGUGAUUUGUCAUCCAACAAGAACCCCUCUGUAGGCACCAAGCUUGAAGGUUUGCUGCUCAACUCCGAUUCAGACAGUGACUUCGACCCUCGUGCAUUCGAGUCGGAGCCGAUGUCCCGGUUCUCUGCGCCGCCGCACGACAAUGCUCUCACCACCACGCCACCACUUUUGGCGCCCCCACCAAAAGCAUCGAAACGCCACACACCACAACAGCAACCCGCCAUCAACGGCAGCGACUUAUUCGGUUCCACCCCCUUUUCCCUUCCCAGCCAACAACCGACCCCAGCUCCUCCCCAACCCUUCCCGUCAACCAACAAACCGAAUUACGACAUUGCAGAUUUCAACCUACAAACAUCGGUUUUUAACACAACCUCUUUUACGAACGGUCUCAGUGGUUUCGACCCGUUUGACACGCAGAAAUCUGGCAACAUUUUCGGCAAUGGCUUCAAUUCGACUUUCAAUGGUUUUGGCAACCUUAGCGAGAAGCCUGCCGUUGAGUUGGACAGCAAUUUCAAUGGGUUCCUAGAUAAAACUAUUUCGGAAAUGAAGGAUGGAUUCAGUCGAGGUAUCACCUUUGGAAACGAUGAUUUUUCAAUAGACAACCUCGAUCCUUUGAAGAAAAAUUAAACAAAAAACAUCAUUUUUCAUAAAGUAAAAAUUGAAUAGUUAAAAAAUUAGGUAAAUUAAAACUUUUUGUUUUCGUUCAUACAGCUUAAUUUUAGACAAAUGCAAUAAAAUUUAUGAUUUUUUUUUCGAAAAAAUGUAUUUGUGGAUUAAUGAAAUGUAGUUUUAAGUGCUGUUUGAACUGAAAUAAGGUUUUUUAUACACAUGUGCUGCCAUGUUAUUGGUUACAAAAUAUUUUUGAUUUUUACGUGAUAAUAGACUAGCAAUUUAAAUAUUCUGUCACCAUUUUCCUAACUGCGUCUUGAAGGUCAAAAUAAUAACCAGUAAUAUGACAAAACAUUUUUAUAGUAAUGAAAAAAAAAAAAAACUAAAAAUUUUUACGGUGAUAUAUUUAAGAUUAUGCGCGAAAACGCUCAAUGUCAUUCCAAAAGUGCCUUUAUUGGAAAAUUAUACAAUUUUUGAAACAUUAUUUGUAAUGAAAAAAAAACAUUUCUCCAAUAGAUUUUUAGGACUAAAAAUGUAUUUCGGUAGAGACAAACUUUGACUAAAACAUAUUUUAAGUAGGAGCAAAAUUUUUACAAAACGAUUUUUUUUUAAUUUGAAGAUGGCCUCAUAAUAUUCUGUGAUAAUUCUUUUCAAGUUGAGGUUCUUCAAAUUGUUAUUUUAAAAUGAAAUGUCCAAAAUUCGACUGAAUCGAAAAUGAUAAGAAUCGUCUAACAGGGUGUAAAUAAACUAACCUAUUGUUAAAAAUUAACGUCAUUAAUGUUAAGUUGUAACUGGCAACUUUGAAAAGUACAGAAUAAAAUGCAUAAGUCUUUGCAUGGGAAAACAGCUAUAUAUUUAGUACUUUUUGGAAAUUAAGAUAGAAUCUAUAAGAAGCUGAAACCCCCAUAAUACAUAAAUAAUCUUUUGUAAUAUAAAAGCUACGCAAUUUUCUAACGUAAAAACAAAAUGGCCGCUUCCCAAAUGUUGCCAGUUACAACAAAAAAAUCGUAGAAUAUACGAAUGACAUUGAAGCACUUAGGGCCAACAUUCCAAGAACAUACCUUUUUAUAAAAAAUAACUAUUUUUACUCCUGAUUAUUAUAAAUAAAUAAAAUUAAUGUUUUAUUUUUAAACGUGUAUGAUAGUGGUCAUAGAACUGUUGUAUUGAAUAUUGUGUCAUUAGUGUUAUUUUUUUGUUUUAGUAUUGUGUACACUAAUGUUACUUUAAGGCCAAAAGAUAUACAUAAUUGUGUAUUUUCAAUAAUAAAUUUAUAUUUAUAAUA